AUGGCUGCUCUAACUAAUCCGGAUGAUAAAGCCCGGUUUGAAAUCGAACUUGAAUUCGUCCAAUGCCUUGCAAAUCCGUUCUAUCUAAACUAUCUUGCACAGGGAAAGUAUCUACAAGACGAUGCGUUUCUACAGUACCUGGAGUAUUUAGAUUAUUGGAGGCAACCGGAAUAUGUUAAAUUUUUAAGUUACCCUUCCUUUACGCUGAACGCGCUGGACCUUCUUCGCCAGCCAAAGUUUAGGCAAGACAUCAUGGUGGCGGAUACUGCGAAUAGAAUCAUGGAUGAUAUGUUGAUAUCCAUGCAAUCCCCAAAAGAGAUUUGA